AUGGCAUUAGACAAAUUAGAUUUAUACGUUAUCGUGACAUUGGUGCUUGCAGUAGCAGCAUAUUUCGCUAAGAACCAAUUUCUCACCAAACCACAAGACACUGGUUUCCUUUCCAACGAAGGUACUGGUGGAAAUUCAAGAAACAUAUUGGAGACAUUGAAGAAAAACAAUAAAAAUACAUUAUUAUUAUUUGGAUCACAAACUGGUACUGCUGAAGAUUAUGCCAAUAAAUUAUCUCGUGAAUUGCAUUCCAGAUUUGGGUUAAGCACCAUGGUUGCUGAUUUUGCUGAUUAUGAUUUUGAUAAUUUUGGUGAUAUUUCCAACGACAUCUUGGUAUUUUUCAUUGUUGCUACUUACGGGGAAGGUGAACCCACUGAUAAUGCCGACGAAUUCCAUACUUGGUUAACUGAUGAAGCUGAUACCUUGAGUACUUUGAGAUUUACUGUUUUCGGAUUAGGUAACUCUACUUAUGAAUUCUAUAAUGCCAUUGGUAGAAAAUUUGACCAAUUAUUAGAAGAAAAAGGUGGUGAAAGAUUUGCUGAAUACGGUGAAGGUGAUGACGGUACUGGUACUUUAGAUGAAGAUUUCUUAUCUUGGAAAGAUGGCGUUUUUGAUUCAUUGAAGAACAAUUUGAAUUAUGAAGAGAAAGAGUUGAAAUACGAACCAAAUGUCAAGUUGACUGAACGUGAUGAUUUAACUGUUGAUGACUCUAAUGUCUCACUUGGUGAACCAAACAAAAAGUAUAUCAAUUCUCAAGGCGCUGAUUUAACCAAAGGUCCAUUUGACCACACCCAUCCAUAUUUAGCCAAGAUAACUAAGACAAAGGAAUUAUUUAACUCCAAAGAUAGAAAUUGUGUUCAUAUUGAAUUUGAUAUUUCCGACUCCAACUUGAAAUACAGCACUGGUGAUCAUUUAGCAGUUUGGCCAUCUAAUUCAGAUGAGAAUAUCAAGCAAUUCCUUAAAUGCUUUGGUUUAGAAAACAAGGAGAACACUGUUAUAGAAUUGAAAGCAUUAGACUCUACUUAUUCAAUCCCUUUCCCAAGUCCAAUUACCUAUGGUGCUGUUAUUAGACACCAUUUGGAGAUCUCUGGACCAAUUUCAAGACAAUUGUUCUUAUCCAUUGCCGGAUUUGCACCUAAUGAAGAGACAAAGGCUACAUUGACUAGAAUUGGUAACGAUAAAAAAGAGUUUGCUUCCACAAUUACCCGUAGAAAGUUCAAUAUUGCUGAUGCAUUGUUGUUUGCUUCCAAAGGUGAAGCUUGGGUUGAUGUUCCAUUUGAAUUCAUUAUUGAAAAUGUUCAGCAUUUGACACCUCGUUACUACUCGAUUUCUUCUUCUUCUUUAAGUGAAAAACAAUUGAUCAAUAUUACUGCUGUUGUUGAAGCUGAAGUCGAAAGUGACGGAAGAGCUGUUACUGGUGUUGUUACUAAUUUAUUGAAGAACAUUGAAAUUGAACAAAACAAUACCAACGAAAAGCCAUUAGUUCAUUAUGAUUUAAAUGGUCCAAGAAGCAAAUUCAGCAAGUUUAAAUUACCAGUUCACGUUAGAAGAUCCAACUUUAAAUUACCAAAGAAUACCACCACUCCUGUCAUUUUGAUUGGACCAGGAACUGGUGUUGCUCCAUUGAGAGGAUUUGUUAGAGAAAGAGUACAACAAGUUAAGAAUGGUGUUAAUGUUGGAAAGACUAUUUUAUUCUAUGGUUGCAGAAACGAACACGAUGAUUUCUUGUAUAAACAAGAAUGGUCUGAAUAUGCCAGUGUAUUAGGUGACAAAUUCCAAAUGUUUAAUGCUUUUUCAAGACAAGAUCCAUCGAAAAAAGUGUACGUGCAAGAUAAAAUUGUGGAAAAUUACAAAACUGUUAACGAAUUGUUGAACAAUGGUGCUACCAUUUACGUUUGUGGUGAUGCCAGUAGAAUGGCAAGAGACGUUCAAGCGGCCAUUGCUAAGAUUGUUGCCAAAGAUAGAAAUAUCACUCAAGAAAGUGCCACUGAAUUAGUUAAGUCUUGGAAGGUUCAAAAUAGAUACCAAGAAGAUGUUUGGUAA